CCACCCUCGCAGGGGCCUCAUUUCCACUGACCGAUUGAUUGAAUGCAGUUCGAAGUUAGCUCCCAACUGCGGCGGCGAGGCAAGAAACUCCCACGGAAGCGCCCCCGUGAGCGCGCCCCGCUCUGCCGCCCGCCUGGGUGUGAAGGGGAGGCCGGGGCUGGUGGAGGGCGCCCGCCUUUCCCCUCCGAGGAGGCGAGUGGGAGACCGCCUUUCUUCGCCGCGUCGCCUGCCUCUACUCCGCCUCCUCCUCCUUCUCCUCCGUCUCGGAAGCGGUGGGAGGAGCGGGGAGGGACUUCUCGAGGCCGGCUGGAGGUGUCGCCCUCGGCUCUCUCUUUCGGGGUGCUUUUCCCGGGGGCGAGGGAGAAGUUUGACUCGGAGUAACAGCCCGCUUCCAUUCCGCCAGCCGCCUUAAAUAUUUUUGCUGCUCUGCUGCAACGCGCACGGACCACGCCUCGCGGAGUCGGAGAGGCGGUCUCAAUCUCUCCCUCUCUCUCCUUCGGGUCUGGAAGCGUGACGAGGGAAAGGAGGAGGAGGAGGCGGCGGAGGAAGAGAAGAAGGAGAGAGGGAGAAAGAAGAAGAAGAGGAGGAGGCGGCGGGACGGGCAGCAGGGUGGGCGAGGGUUUCGCCCACCCAUUCUCCCACCCACCCACCAUGGCGGCGCGGUCCCGGCACCCGUGGCUGAGCGUGGCCUUGGGGCUGGUGCUGGGCUUCACCGUGGCCUCUUGGCUCAUCGCCCCCAAAGUGGCCGAGCUGAGCGAGAGGAAGCGGCGAGGCGGAGCGGGGGCUUCGCCGGGCGCGCUGAGCAGCAGCAGCAGAAGGAGCGACGGCGGCCACAGCCCCUGCGCGUUUGAUGCCCGCGUGGCGGGAGAGCCCAGGCAGCUGUUGCCGCCCGAGGAAGACGCGGUGGAGGGGACGAGGAGCGUGUUGUGGGAGACAGACAGGCAGCCCCCUCAGCAACAGCAGCAGCAACCGGAGCAGCAGCCUCCCCCUCCGCCGCCUCCUUUGGCCGAGGACAGCCCCGGCGAAGGGCGCGAGGAGGAGGAGGAGGCGCGUCGCGGGGGCAGCAGCAGCAGCAGCGUCCACAACGGCAGCGGGGACUUCGGGGCCCCUCCUGGCGGCUGCGCCGAGGCGCCCCGGCCCUUCCUCUACGUGGGGGUCAUGACGGCCCAGAAGUACCUGUCCGGGCGGGCGCUGGCGGCGCGGAGGACCUGGGCGCGCUCCAUCCCGGGCCGCGUGGAGUUCUUCUCCAGCCAGGGCUCGGCCCCGCCGCCCGUCGCGCCCGGGGAGCCGCCCCUGCCCGUGGUGGCCCUGCCCGGCGUGGACGACGCCUACCCGCCCCAGAAGAAGUCCUUCAUGAUGCUCAAGUACAUGCACGACCGCUACCUCGACACCUACGAGUGGUUCAUGCGCGCCGACGACGACGUCUACAUCAAAGGAGAAAAAUUGGAGGAGUUCCUUCGGUCAUUGAACAGCAGUAAACCUCUCUAUUUGGGGCAAACAGGACUGGGAAAUACUGAAGAACUUGGAAAACUCGGUCUUGAGCCUGGAGAAAACUUCUGCAUGGGCGGUCCUGGGAUGAUCUUCAGUCGUGAAGUUCUUAGGAGAAUGGUGCCACACAUAGGUGAAUGCCUUCGAGAAAUGUACACAACGCAUGAGGAUGUAGAAGUGGGCCGAUGUGUUCGGCGGUUUGGUGGAACUCAGUGUGUGUGGUCCUAUGAGACUCUCAGCUUGAUGCCUUUGAAGAAGAAAAAAGUGAUGCCAGUAAUUGCUUGAAUUAGAGCUACUGCUGUUCAAAAGCAAUUGACUAUACAGGUUAAAAACAAAACACAUUAUUAUUUUCAAGUUAAUAUCAGUGGGAAGAGACUGCUUCAUUGGCUUUACUUGGAAAAGACUGAACCUACUCAAAGUUUGAUGUAUUGUGAAAGGCCUUCAUGGCAAGAAUCACUGGGCUGCAAUGAGAUUUUUGGAUCUGUGAACCCCACCACCUCCAAGGUGAACUGAACCACCUAAACUGGGCUCUACAGGCUACGGGAUAUUCUACAACAGACAUCAGAAGAGCUACAAGACCAAGAAGAAGACAUAGGAGUAAAGACAAAGAUCUACCUAGAUGAAAAAUGUUCUUACUAUACAUCAAAGGAACCACUGACAGCAUUGGGAAGCUGAUGAAGAAUCAAAACCUACAAAUAAUUUAUAGUCCCAAUAAGAAAAUUCAACAAAUGCUAUGUUCAGCAAGUAAUAAGAAGGAUCCUCUAAUCCAGUGGUUCUCAACCUGUAGGCGUUUUGGCAUACAGCUCCUAGAAAUCCCAGCCAGUUUAUCAGCUGUUAGGAUUUCUGGGAAUUGAAGGCCAAAACAUCUGGGGACCCACAGGUUGAGAACCAUUGCUCUAACCACUGCAGGAGUCUACCAUAUACUGUGCAGCUGUGGCAAAGUCUACAUAGGAAACCACCAAAUGCAGCGCCCAGACAUGAAUCAAAGAACACGAAAGGCACUGCAGAUUAAUUCAGCAGGAGAAGUCAGCUGUAACAGUGGUGGAAUUGCUACUUACAUUGUUGUUCAAAAGCAAAGCAACAAAAAUAUAAAUCCUCAAGUACUCUACACUGUCAGUGCCAUUUGUUUCCUGUCAAGAUCGAUGGCAAAAUCCCAUUCAGCAACAAUGCCCAAAGAAAUGCAGUAUGGAAAAGAUCAAACAGCUGCUGCAUAUUAAAAUUUUGUUUCAUGUGAAACCAACAUUUUUCUUUUUUUCCCCUUCUUAAAAGAAACAAAACACACAAUAAAGAUUAGAUAUUACAUGUAGACUGUUGGGGAAUCUGAGCUGUUAGGCUCAAAAAUAACUCUCAAUUAGGGUAAUUCUAUCAAAAUAUAGCAGAGUACUAGGAGUAAACUCCAUAACCAGCAGAAACAUACAUGUGGUGAGCAGGAAUAGCCCUUUAGCCUUUAGGAUGGCUGAGGACUGUAGAGUCAAUUUUUAGAUUCAAGAGAUUUAUUAAAGUAAAAAGAAAUACAUUCCUGAUAGAAAAGUAUUGGAGCUAACCAGCUUAUUAAAUUUCAUCUUUAAAGAUGGGGAAAAAAUUAAAAAGUCCAUGCAGCUACAUGUUGCCUAUAGAGAGGCAAAAUGUGGCUUCACAGGGAGAAAGAAAAGAGGAAGUAACAUGGUGGAGACCACAUGGCCUUCCCGGGGUAAUUAAAAAGAAGUUCCCUCACAGAAUUCCAUUACUAUGUCAUGUUUCUAGACUGAAUUUGCAAAAAUCAAAUGUAUAAUUAUUAAACAUUAAGAAGCAUCUAUGUUUCUCACUGAAAAGGAAGUCAAAAAAGAAAGUUGUCUUUGGCACAAAAUACUGUUUUGUAUUCUGAGACUUCAUCCAUUUUCAGGGCUCUUUCAGUCUGAUCAUUCUCUGCUUUUUCUUAACAAAUAGUGUUAUGAUUACAUUCUGGACUAACACUCUGUGAAAAUGUUAUGAAAAGUUCACAGAGCAGCUUGGGCACUCCAAAUCCUUUUGCUAAAGUGGCAGAAUUUUGCUUUGGCUCUUUUCUAUUAUUCCAUUUUAUCUUCCACAAAUAGUGUCACUAGCUAUUAUCCUCUUGCAGUUCCCUUUUUGAAACUCUUGCCUCAUCUGUUUGAAUUCACUACAUGUAACCUGUUCUCACAAAAUCUAUGCAACAUCCGUACUCUUUCCAUCAUUUGCUAUCCUUUUUUGUGUUUUUCUUCCAGUUCAAUUCCCUUUGAAUGUGGGGCUGCAAUGAAAUGGUACCUACCUUCAUUUGAAGUGGUCCUCAGCUUUCUCCAGCAAAUUGUGCCAUAGCUCUGAGUUGCAUGGGUAAAGGUAAAAGUUUUCCCCUGACAGUAAGUCAAGUAGUGUCCAACUCUGGGGUUGGGGCUCAUCUCCAUUUCUAAGCCAAAGAGCCAGCGUUGUCUGUAAACUCCUCCAAGGUCAUGUGGCUGACAUGACUGUAUGGAGCACCGUUACCUUCCUGCAGAAGCAGUACUCACAUUUGCAUGUUUUUGAACUGCUAGGUUGGCAGAAGCUAGGGCUAACAGUGGGAGAUCACCUUGCUCCCUGGAUUCGAACCGCCAACCUUUCAGUCAGCAAGUUCAGCAGCUCAGAGGUUUAAUCCGCUGCACCACCGGGGGCUCUUCUGAGUUGCAUAGUUGCUAAAAAUACGUUUAACCAAUCAAGGGGAGCAGACACCUUAGACAAGGUUGCAGCUGAAAUACAAUUUUCUUAGGGACAAGGUUUCCUUUACAUAUAAAUUUUUGGUGUAGUUGCUUCCAUUUUUUCAGUUAUUCCAGUCUACUGUGUAAAAUGUUUCUAUUGCUUUCAUGUAAUUUAUUUUAUUGUCUAAUGUUUUCUAUUUUUUAUCUGAAUUGUUUAAUUUAUUGUUGUAUUUUUAUGGCAUUGAAUGUUUGCCCUUUUAUGUUGUGAGCCACCCUGAGUCCUCAUGGGGAGAUAGGGCGGGAUAGAAAUAAAGUUUUUUUAUUUUCUGAGUUCACAUACAGGCCUACAAGAGCCAUGGCAUGAUGGUGGCAAAUAUGAUUGCCUCCCAGGCCUGUAGACAGAGGGAGAGGGGUUUAAGGGUUCAACCCUCCCAGAAACUUUUCUGGUUAAAAAGAAACCCUGGUUUACUCAUGAAUUUUAACUGGUUAAGCAAUUCAUGAGUAAACCAGGUUUUUAACCUGGUUUAGCCUGAAUCAUUAGGGGGAAGGAUUGAACCCAGAGUUCAUGUUCAGGCAGGGCAGGGCAAUGCUGCUGCCUGGAUAGAUUUUGUCAGUGUUUCUAGCUUUGGGGGUGGGAUUUCCACAUGGUUUUGACCACACCUCCUAUAAUCUGUCACCAUUGGCUAUGUGGGCUAGUGACAAUGAGAAUUACAAACAUGAAUCAAUCAGGGGCAGCUAACACCUCAGAACAAAAGAUUCCCCCAGGCUGGAAUGAAGCUUGUAAGGCCAUUGAUGCCAAUCAAGGUGAUUAAUUACAACAUUCACACUAGCCUCCAACAUGCAAGAGUUCUUUCUCCCACCCCAGACCUUCCACAGAUAUAUAAACCUUCCUUGCUUAGUUUUCCAAUAUACCUCACAACCUCUGAGGAUGGCUGCCAUAGAUGUGGGUGAAAUGUGAGGAAGGAAUGCUUCUGGAACAUGGCCAUACAGCCUGGAAAAUGCACAACACAAUGAGAAUUGUUAGCCAAAAAUAUCUGGAAGACCAUUGUUGCCACCCUUUGUCUAGAUAGGCAAAUGCUCUGAAUCCAGCACAGUCCUUGUGGAUUGAAAUGAAUGAAAAGAUACUUAUCCCAUUUAGUCCCCUAUAUAGAGACUGAUUGGAUCACAGAAUCAUAGAAUAAUCAUAGAUGAGUUGUAUUUCAACACAACGAAGAGCAUGCAGACCUCCAUGGCACCUGAGAGAAGCAGGACAGGUUAUCAAAUGUAGGGUAGGAUUAUAGGACACACAGCGCUGUCCCUCACAUUCCCUACCCUGUUUCCCCUAAAAUAAGACAUCCCCAGAAAAUAAGACCUAGUAGAGGUUUUGCUGAAUUGCUAAAUAUAAGGCCUCCCCUGAAAGUAAGACCUAGCAAAGCUUUUGUUUGGAAGCAUGCCCAACGAACAGAACACCAGAGCAUGUAGGAUCGGAAAAUGUAUGUACCAUAGAGUGUUGUACAUGGAAAUAUUGGUAGUAACAAGAAAUUCAUGAUAGGAUUCACAGUUUGUCUGGUUAUGCUGGUUUGUGAUGACAACUACUGUACAGUAUAUAAUAAAUGUUCAUUUUUUUGUUCAACAAUAAAUGUGAAUUUUUCUUCAUGGAAAGAAGAGCAGUGUAGGUAGGGACCCAGAAUCCUAGUUCAACACUCAAACUACUACAUAGUUUGUUGAGCUAAAACUCCUAUCAUCUCUCACCAUUGAACACAUUUCCUAGGGCUGACCAGAUUGUGGUCCAACAUCUGGAGAGGCAUGUAUUCCUUACCCAUAUUUUCAUUUGGCCUUGGAAUGUAACCACUAUGAAAUAUACAUGUUUUCAAGUUCAGGAAUCCAUGGUUCCAUAUAACAGAAAUAAGGGAGAUAAUCAGGGGCCAUAAUAAUUUCACAUGAAUCUGGCUAUUCUUGUAUUACCCCACAUUUGUAUUUGUUUGACUCAUUCUGACAUGUAUGUUUCAAUCUUGUAAGCCUCUUUAUGAGUUUGUAGUCUCUUAAAUGACAGCAAGUUGGUUGGGUUUGUUGGCUGAUUAUACUAUGCAAAUAGGGAACAAAGCUAUCAAUCAGGCUUUAAAAAGCAGAGGAAGAUAAGGAGAAAAGAGGCAAGCAGCACCCUACCAUCUGCAAGAUAGUUUAAUGACCUGUCCCUUAUUUGAACAGAACUGAAAUGUUUCUUAUCUCUCAUUAACAAGGUUUUGUUUCAGCUAAAAUAAUAUUUAUAUGGCAUAUCUUUUUGGCUGCCCAUCACGAAAUUGAAGGAAAAUAACUAGACAUUUCUUACCCUCUGGUGUGGUUUUUGUAUAUAUGUGUGUAAAUAUAAUUACUUUCAACUUCUAUAUUUAACUAAAAAUCAUUGAACUAUAAAGGUUUCUUGCUAGCUAAUUGCUUUUCAUUUAGUGCUGAGACAUCAAGAGGAACCUGUUAAAAUUAUUUUCUACUUUUUCAGAAGAGUUAAUAUUUUAUUAAGUGGGGAGUAAUGAUUUUUUAUAGAAUUUGAGGCAAAAGGGACUUUAGAUUGCAUUAGAUAUAACCUUUCUCUGUUUUGACAUAUUAAGUAUAGUUGAUUGAUUUUGAUAUUGCUGCAGUCUGGCUUCCUGUUUUUAAUGAAUAGGUGGACUUUAUUCUUUCAAGUGUGUUGGGUUAUUUGAGGAUAUUCUCUAUCUAUCUAGCAGGACCUUCUCUUUCUUUUUCUUUACCCAAAAGUCUUGUUUGGCCCCAUUUAGAAAAUGGAUGAUGAUGAUAAUGGUGAUGAUGAAACUGCUUUAUUAUAUAGCAGUGUAGGUGGGGCCUAUCCUUAGCUAUUUGCUGAACUAAUUGGCAAGUCAUAUUGCUUGUCACAACUGUAUUUUUCAAUCCCCCCCCCUUGUGAAGACAGGACCCCGAUCUUCUCUUUUGCUCCAAUGAACUAGUGACCUGGCACUGCAGAGCACGGAUGAUCAUCAAAGAGCAUCCAUGAUAGUACACCCUCCUACCCAAGACAAGAAAGUUAGGGUGCAUCUACAUUGUGGAAUUAAUGCAGUUUGAUGCUACUUUAUAUUUAUUUUUUACUGAUUUCCACAUGGAUCCUAGAAAAGGUCCCAUGGGGCCCUUCUACACAGCCAUGUAACUCAGAAUAUUGAAGCAAAUAAUCUUCAGUGUCUGCUUUGAACUGGAUUAUCAGAAUCCACACUGCCAUACAAUCCAGUUUGAUGUGAAUUUUAUACAGCUGUGUGGAAAGGGUCUUGGUUACGAACUUCAAAACCCAGCUUCCUUGAACAGACACAGACAAUGAUUUUUAAAAUGCUGUUUCUGGUGGGGAAUAGAAGAAUACUAUGUGGAUGAGUAGAAGACUACGCUCUUCCAAGCUGCUAAAAAGUUGGUAAAGAAUUGAGGUGGGAAGGUGCAGGAGGAAGCUUUGGUCAUUUGGUGAAUUCCUCUCUCUGCAACCAUCAAAAGUAUACUUUAGCUUACUCCUGGAUAUGUAACUAACAGGAUGACCUCCAUAGUUAUUGUACAGAAAAAUGAUGUGUAUUUCUGUAAAGCAUAAUGCCCAGAGGGGGAUUGCAAAAUGUGAAGAAUCUUGUCACUGCACUAUUUUUGGGAAUCCCAUUGUUCUGGUAGGAAAUGAAUAAUGACAAUAUUCUUUCCAUCCCUAAGAGAGCUUGACACGCUGCAUUUUCUGGCUUCAGCUGCAAGCUUGUGCGAAUAUGCUUUUUCUGAAGAUGAGAGUGACAGGAGAAGAGUCUAAGAAAAUUGGAGGUUUUUUGGAAAUAACUCCUCGUGUUUCUACAUUUGAUCAUGAGGAUAUAAUUUUCUCUCCAUUAAUGCUAAUGCAUUUUGGUGGAGCCUACACAUGUCAAAUGGAACAGGGAAUAUUGUAACAUUCAUCUGAAAAUGCUUUUAGGAAUAAAGGAGUAAGCUGGAAAAGA